GCCACUCAAUGUACUUAUGGUUGGAGCACGAACUCCUCAUGUGUGGAUAUCCUGUGGUAACAGUAGUCCUGAUGCCACCUGUGUUCCGUCAUUUUGACAACAUGGAAAUCCGCAUCCACUAAGAAAGAUACUGACCGUAACGAGAAAGCCACCUCACCUGUGCAUACCGAGCGUGUCCAGUUUAACGGAUUUGUCCCGGGAGUUUCCGGAUGGCUUUGGCCCAGUUUCGGCUGCUGCUGAGCCGGACGUUGGUGGCGGGGGUCACACGGAACCCCCAAGUUCAACCCCUAAGUUUCCGUGGCCAUGCCGCCCCCCCGCUCUGGGUCAGAGGCGGACUGUGCCGGAGCGGGACAGUUAGCCGGUACAGUGAGCUGGCGGGCCGGGGGGAGGGGCCCGCCCCCGGUGCUGCUGUGGUGAGCAGCGCACUGACAGACCUGCCCCUGCCCGGAAGCCUGCCCUGCCUGGUGGAUCUGGACAGAGCUCCGCCCCUUUCUCCAUUCGAGGAGAUCAGCGAGGAGGAGGCGGUGCAGAUCGUGGCCCUGCCCCCUCUGCCACCUGUGUCUACCGCCCUCCGGGAUUACGUCAACCAAUCAGAAACUCUCCGCAUGCUGGUGCACCUAGGUGUGGAUCUCUCUAAGCUGCAGGCCAGGCGCAAUGUGGGCUCCAUGCUGCUGAGGAUGGGCCUGCAGGACCUGCAGGAGCGGCUGCUGUUCCUCAGGGACCUGGGCCUGCAGGAGCCCCAGCUCGGCCCCCUCCUCACACGCAACCCCUUCAUCCUCACCGAAACCCUGGAGAACCUGCGGGCCAGGGUGUCAUAUCUUCGGUCUAAGCGGUUCAGCUCCGAGGAAGUGGGUUCCAUGGUGUGCAGAGCUCCCUACCUGCUCAACUUCAGUGUGCAGAGGAUGGACAACCGACUGGGCUUCUACCAGACCCUGCUGGGCCUCAGUCCCCAGAAGACUCGUGACAUCGUGACUCGUCUUCCUCGCCUCCUGUGUGGCAGCCUGGAGCCGGUGAAAGAGAACCUGAAGGUGUGCGAGCUGGAGCUGGGGUUUCGCCCAAACGAGAUUCAGCAUGUGGUCACGCGCAUCCCCAAAUUGCUGACGGCCAAUAAGAAGAGGCUGAGGGAGACGUUCGACUACGUCCACAACAAGAUGGCCGUCCCUCAUGCGCUGAUCGUGAAAUUUCCCCAGGUGCUGAAUGCCAGCCUGCUGCGAAUUCGGGAGAGGCACCUGUUCCUUCAGUACCUGGGGAAGGCCCAGUAUGACCCCGCCCAACCCGGCUACGUGCCCCUGGAUCAGCUGGUGUCUCUCCCCGACCCAGAGUUCUGUUCUGAACUGGCGACGGCCUCCCUGCAGGACUUUGAGCUCUUCCAGAAGACGCUGUAGUCAUUGGGUGCUGCGUCGCUUGAGCUGUUCUUCUGCCUGUGGACAGAGGGCUUGGGAAACAGCUCAACACCAAGAGCCAAAAUGGCUCCAGUGUUGCCAUGUUGCAGAGGAUUUCCACCUCAGAGUGACUGCAUUGCAACGUGGUUCAGUGUACACGGGAGAAUAGGUGUUAUCAAUGAAAGGUUAAGAUCUGGAUGUGCAGAGUGUAGAAACCCGGGGGGAAGGGACUGAGUUCCUGUCUGAUAUUGCAGUGUGUCGUCUGGAAGUGGCUUAAAAGAUUCCAAAGAAAAUGGCUGCAAUGUUGAGGUCAUAAUUUGCAAUAAAAUGCUUAAUAUUUAAUUGUCUUACUGUUUAUGAGGGACGUUUCUGCUUGUACAAUGUACAAAAUGUCAUGAAAUAUGACUUUUUUAUAUUAAAGGAGAUCAAACACGA